CUUUAUCCAUUCUCUCACAACUCACCAACUUCUCUCUAUCCAUCAAGUCCCCUAUUGGCUAUUAGUCUAUUACAAAUCACAACUAAUUCUCCUCGAUCAUCUUUCAUUUGUCUUGAUAAUUUCUUAGUUACAUCAAAGUAUUCCCGGUUAAUUAUAUUAGUUCAUUCACUCAUCUGCAAGCAUGGCCGAUAAGCACGGAAGAAGCUGCUGUUGCUGCCUCUUUGGAAUCUUGUGGAAGAUUCUGGUUGCACUCAUCGUCCUCGUUGGCCUCGUAUUCCUCAUAUUCUGGCUGGUGGUUCAACCCCGCUCCUUCAAAUUCCAGGUCACGGAAGCGGACCUAACCCAAUUUGAUUACUACACCAACAAUCACACUCUCCACUACAACAUGGUGCUCAACUUCACUGCACGCAACCCCAACAAGAAGCUCAGCAUAUACUACGACAAAGUUGAGGCAUUAGCAUUCUACGAGGAUGCCAGGUUCGCCAAUUACGAUGUCAUAACUCACAUGAACUCCUUCCGCCAGUACAAGAAGAGCACCAGCCCCAUGAGCGCCGUUUUUUCGGGGAAGAAGGUGUUGAUGCUCAACAGCGAACAAGUCUCUAAGUUGAACCAAGACAAGAGUGAUGGGGUUUAUGACAUCUACGUGAAGCUCAACUUCAGGAUUCGGUUCAGGCUCGGGGACUCCAUAUCCGGUAACUUGAAGCCCAAGGUCAAAUGUCACCUCAAGGUUCCCUUCAGUAAAAGUGGCACCUUUACUCUCUUUGAGACCACCAAAUGUUCUGUCCAUUUCUAGGGUCUGCAUGUUGGAUUUCUUGGAUUGAGAUUGGAAUUUUCUUUACCCUUCAUUUUAAUUUCACAUAAUUAAGGAUGUAACUUUUGCAGUUAUUUUAUUCAUUCUUUGACUAUAUUCAAUAAUAAUGUUAUUGUAUAUGUUUUCUUACAAUAAAUUCUUUAAUUUUGGUACUCCUUUAUAUGAAGUUUUACAUAAUUAAGGAUGUAA